UCUCCAGCCACACGGAUCCGUUUGGCUUGCCCGUGACCCGUUUUCUCUUGACUGGGUCACCCUUUCCCGGUUCAACCAGACCGGCCGGCUCCACUCGACCGGCCCAGCAACCCAGCCGCUCGGUUCAACCAGAAGCUUAUUAAAAAAAAAAAAAAAGAGAGAGAGAGAUAAAAAAAAAAACCUAUUGUCCUUUCCUCUUGGCCCGAUAUCUCGCAGUCAUGUCUUCUCAAGCCUCCUCGGACAGCACCUCCAUGCCCGCCACCAGUUCUCCGGCAGUCACCACUGUGGCCCCUCCUGCUCCGCCGGUUAAAUCUGAUUUCCACCCGGCGCUUGCUGUUACGAACAUUCGGAAUCACAUUCCUAUUAUGCUUGACGUGGAGACUGAUCGCUAUGGCACCUGGGCGGAGCUUUUCCGCAUCCAUGCCCGUUCUCACCGGGUUUUGCACCACAUUGUCCCUGCUGCGGACAAGCCUCCUCCGCCUGUCACUGACCCUACCUACGAGUUGUGGAUCACUUUGGAUUCCACUGUCCUUCAGUGGAUUUAUGCCACCAUCUCCAUUGACCUGAUGACUACCAUCAUGGAGCCUGACUCCACCGCUCUCACUGCUUGGACUCGUUUGGCUGAUCUUUUCUGGGAUAAUCAGAACGCUCGUGCUGUCACUCUAGAGCAGGAGUUCUCUAAUGUUCGCAUGGAGGCAUUUCCGACUAUCGCCUCCUACUGUCAGCGUCUGAAGACGCUUUCUGACCAGCUCCGUGAUAUCGGAGCUCCUGUGAACAAUCACCGUCUAGUUUUGCAGCUCAUCUCCGGCCUCUCUGACGCUUAUAAGGGUGUUGCUACUCUGAUUCGUCAGAGCAAUCUGCUCCCCUCCUUUCAUCAGGCUCGCUCCAUGCUUACCUUGGAGGAAGCCGGCAUGGCUAAGAUGACACCUACUGAACCUCCAGCUGCAUAUGUUGCUACUCAGCCGCGUCCUUCUGAUGCCUCUUCUCAGCGUUCCAAUCGUCGGUCCUCCAACCGUUCUCGAUCCCACAACUCUAAGGGUCGUGGUGGGAAUCGUGGCAACGGUGGUGGCUCCCGCAGUGGCACCUCUCAGGGCCCCUCUCCUCCGAUGCCUCCUCGGCCUCAGUACUUUCCGUACCAGCAUUGGGGAUGGGCCCCACCUCCAUGGGCCAUACCUCCGUGCCCAUACCCUACGUCCCAGUGGACCCGUCCGUCUGCUCAUCCUCAGCACCCUGGCAUUCUGGGCCAGCGACCUCAGGCCUAUGCGGCUUCCGCCUCACCCGUGCCGACUGACAUUGCCACUGCCAUGCACACCAUGACACUUGCUCCUCCGGACAGCACCUGGUACAUGGACACUGGAGCAUCAUCUCAUGUGGCAGCAUCACCAGGUAAUCUCACAUCUUAUUCUAAUUUGAGUCAUCUUAAUCAGAAACUGUAUGUUGGUAGCGGACAGGGUAUUUCAAUUUAGGGUUCUGGACAUACAACCCUCCCCACCUCCCAUAAACACAAGCCCUUGACCCUUUCCCAUGUCUUGUACACUCCUAAUAUUGUUAAAAACUUGAUUUCUGUGCGACAACUCACCACUGAUAACAAUGUUUCUGUUUGUUUUGACCCUUAUGGCUUCUCGAUUCAUGAUUUUCAGACGGGGAUUCCACUCAUGAGAUGUAAUAGUCCUGGCGACCUAUAUCCAGUCACUCCAUCCUUUCCAUUUGCUGGUCUAGCUCAGAGUCUCUG